GUCUUGACUAGUGCAGUGCGGUCCACCAUCGCUGUCAGUUGACGGUUUUUUUUCGCGUGGCUAGGCGAGAGGGCAGUGCGGUUUGGAUGCGGCUGGCGACCGUGCGAGCUGGAGAGUUUUUCCGCUGACGUUUCCGUGGAUCUGGUGCCAAAGGGAUAAAAGAAGAGAGAGGGAGAACCUCGGGGCGUUUUUUUUUCCCGCCGGAUUUUCGGGGGCACAAGUGGGCGCCGACGAUUUCGCGCAAGCGGUUUCGUAUCCAGCAGUCCGGGUUCGUUCGAAUGUGUCGCUAGUGUAUAUAUACAUAUAUCACGCACGUGCAAAUACCGACUCCUCCCCGCCGUACGUACGUUUACGUACGACAUACGUGUGCGCGUGUGCUUACUAUCGCUCGCGGUGUCUCGGCAUCGAGGAAUUAGGAUAUAGACGAAGAGAGAAAAGCAGACGGAAGUGCAGCGAGAGAACGGAGCGAAGACGACGUAGUCCGAGGAAGAGGAGAGAAAGAUGAGCAAGACGUGCGCUCGCUGCGAGAAGACGGUCUAUCCGAUCGAGGAGCUCAAGUGCCUCGACAAGAUAUGGCACAAACAAUGUUUCAAGUGCCAGGGCUGCGGCAUGACCCUGAAUAUGCGGACGUAUAAAGGUUUCAACAAACAGCCAUAUUGCGAAGCACAUAUACCAAAAGCCAAAGCCACCACGAUGGCGGAGACACCGGAGCUGAAACGUAUUGCAGAAAACACGAAGAUACAGAGUAACGUGAAAUACCAUGCCGAAUUUGAGAAAGCAAAGGGAAAAUUCACGCAAGUAGCGGACGACCCGGAGACUCUCAGAAUCAAGCAGAACAGUAAGAUAAUCUCGAAUGUCGCUUAUCACGGCGAGCUCGAGAAGAAGGCAAUCAUGGAGCAAAAGAGGACAAUGACCGGAGAAAAUGGCGAACAAAUAGAAUAUGUAGAGUACACAGACGGUACGAUCGCCCCUGCAUCGAGUUUAAAUGCCAAUCCGCCGCCUCCGAGAACGGCGAAUUCGCCGGUACAAAGGACACCAGGUAGGAUCGCUGAUUACGAUCCCCUUUGCGAAGCGAGACCGAGUCCUUAUUCCGCAAGGCAAGCUGCCACCACUGUCAUUUACACGAGUGACAAGGGACCAGUGACGAAUCCGCCAACACGAAAAAUUGGCUCGGUUGCUGACAUCGAUCCUGUAAACGAAUAUUACGGAUCGUUAACGCCAGCCACAACAAUAAACAAUAAUCAGCAUCAACUUCAGCAUCAACCACCGCCACCGCCUCCCAACGUUGGGAGAGUGUACAGAGCGAUGUAUGACUACGAGGCGCAAGACCUUGACGAGGUGAGUUUCUGCGACGGCGAUUUGAUUGUCAACUGCACAGCCGUCGAUGAGGGAUGGAUGACCGGACUGGUGCAACGUACGGGGCGACACGGCAUGCUACCUGCUAAUUACGUCGAACCGGCGCAGAUUUAAACACUUGUUUUUCAAAUCGAGCUUUCAUUCGCUAAUUACCGUUAUUUAAGUCGCAGCGCGCUUAUUAAUCGGUGCGUUUUAAUGAAGGAAGAGACGAUAAGGAAAAAUACGCAAUAUAAUACUCGAGGCAAUGCUUCUAUCCGGUUCUUGUUAUUCGUAAGAUUAUUCGUUUAAUCGAACGACGAACUGUCGUCUUAGGAAAUCAGAUACUAAAGUGUUUCAUGGAGAACUUUAGUUUAUUGAAUCUGAUAUUACAAAUUUUCGAUCAUUUUUAUAUCGGUAUCAUAUUGAUACACAAUCUAUUUGAAUAAAGAGAAGGUUGAGUUUUCCCUAAAAUACACUACAGGACAAACAGGUUUGAGAAUUAUGAAUUUUCAAGUCAGUUUUAUAAAUGCUCGAAAACGUGUUUUUCAUGAGUAUCUUAAUUUAACGCAAGUACUCUGACUUUAGCAACCGACUUCCAAAUGACAAUAUAUAGUUUUAUGUUAUAGAAUUUUAUAAUGGGACCAAACUAUAUAACUGCGAUAAAUUAUGCCAAUUAAAAUUAGAAUUCCGACAGCUCGUGGAGUGAUAUAUUAGUGCUAAUCAACAAUUAGGAAGAACCAAGUAUAAAAGAUGUCUUUUUGCGAUUCACUUUUACUUACUUUUUUGUUAUUAGUUAAUAGUUCACAGUUAUUAAAUUAGCGUUAUUUUUUCACUUUUUCUCUUGAAAAACUUGAUGAAUUUAAAUGAUACACAUAAUUUUAAAAAUAUUUAUUAAUUUAAUUAAUUCACACAAUUUAAGGGCUUGUUAAAAGUUUUUCUGUUCAUCAUUCUUUAUGCUGAUGAGAAAAUUAUGUUAUUUGUUAUAUUUGAUAUAAGCGACUAACAUUAAUUAAUCAGAUUAUUUUAUUUCUAAUCAUUCUGCUUUUAUAGUUAACUUGAUAUUCUUGUCUUUAUAUCGUUUAUUCGAUUUUUCUAUUAUUGCUUUCAAAGAUGAUAAAAUAAUUUUUUAUUCAUGAUAAUACAUAAUUUCUUCUAAUAACACAUAGAGUUCAAAAAUUUCCGUCGCAUUUAUGUUUGUAAAAAAACUAUACAAUGUGCCUUAUACAUAUAGGCUGUUAAUUAGCAGUAUGGAUAUCUUUUAUAUAACUACAUGAAGGACUGCACUGUUAUAUAUAAUAUGAAGAUUUUUACUACGCAGCAAUGCCGCGUUAAUAUAGUCUGAUUAGCAUAUAUAAAAUAAUCAGGCUAUAAAUAAUUCUACAAGUCAACCAAAUUGAAAUAAUGGGGAACAUAAUAUUGUUAAUGUGAAAGGGAGAUGCUGUCACUUGCCUUUCUUUUUAAUUACCAGAAGCACGAGAAUAAUUAAAUACUGUUAUUGAUUUAUCAACUAA